UCAAAGGUGCUUUCACGAAAGCCGGUCUCCGGUGGUAAAGAACUUUCUUCACUCUAGAAGCCUUCCAAACCAUCCACUGGAUUUUAUUGUUCGUAAGGGAGGAAUAUUUUUGUGUUGUAUAUAAAAAAAGGACUUUCGAUUUAGCGUUGUAAUUUUGACUAAGUUUUAGAUAUUCCCUUUUUAAGUGAGAUUACUUUCCUAGUGACUGAAUCACUUGAAUCAGUUGAAGGAGACGAGGCUUCUGGCCCAGCCUGAGGGCGGGUCCCACUGGAGAGGAGAGUUUUUACUGCGGGAGAGGCAGGUCCGGGUUUCUGCAAUAGGGAGCAGAGCAGGUAGGUCUUCGGAACGCCACACUUUCUGAGCUUUCCCGCUCGCUUUCUGACACUGUCUUUUACCUGAGCACUGUCUAGCAGUCGGUCAAGUACAGGGUUUCAGCUAGUGUUUACGAAGUAGUAUAUCUAGGACUUAUGAGAACUGACAACAACUAGGCAACCACAGGAAUUCUCGUAGUUAAUUGAGUUAAGGGAGGACCAUUCGUGGGGGGUCGUGGAAGAAUUGGGUUCGAUUCCCAUUAUACGCGAUGUGGCGAAAAAGACUGAUUCAACGAGAUACCAUGCCUGCAUUAAGAUUUAAAAUGUGUCGUCUACUUCCAGGAAAUGUUCGGAACAGAGAACUUUCUCUAAUACAACGCCGCAUUCUCCGAAGAUUGAGGAACAAGAGGAGAUCCAUUAAAAGAAAUCUUUCUCUGAGAGAAAAUCUAAACAGUAACAUCAAAUCACAAACUACACGAAAGUUGCCCCUUUAUUAUUGGGAUUUACCCAUAAGGGAGAUGCACAGAGGAAGAGAACGAACUUCAUAUAUCCCUUUUCUACUCAAUCAAGAAACAAGAUCGGACGUGAUUCCGGUUCGUCUCCAUUUUAGUGACACUCUUCCUCAAGCAAGGCAGCCGAUAAGUCAUCGAAGGGUUUGUGUGAAUAAUAGACUGGUAAGCAUUACUCAUUUGAAAGUUUCCCACGGUGAUCUAAUAUCUUUUCAAGAAAAUUACGCGAGAACCCGCGGUGAUAGGACUGGUAGCUAA